GCAGACACCCAGCCGCCCUGCAGUGAACAGACAAGAUGACGGCCCUCCUGGCCCUGCCGCUGCUGCUUCUCCUCUCCACCACUCACUGUGUUCCCCAAGCCUCCGGGAUCCGGGGAGAUGCUCUGGAGAAGUCCUGCCUUCAGCAGCCCCUGGACUGUGAUGACAUCUAUGCCCAGGGCUACCAAGCAGAUGGUGUGUACCUCAUCUACCCCUCUGGCCCCAGUGUGCCCGUGCCUGUCUUCUGUGACAUGACCACCGAGGGUGGAAAGUGGACGGUUUUCCAGAAGCGAUUCAAUGGUUCAGUGAGUUUCUUUCGGGGCUGGAAUGACUACAAACUGGGCUUUGGACGUGCAGAUGGAGAGUACUGGCUAGGACUGCAGAACCUCCACCUCCUGACGCUGAAGCAGAAGUACGAGCUGCGUGUGGACUUGGAGGACUUUGAGAACAACACAGCGUUUGCCAAGUACAUCGACUUCUCCAUCUCCCCCAACGCAGUCAGUGCUGAGGAGGAUGGCUACACUCUCUAUGUGGCAGGCUUUGAGGACGGCGGGGCAGGCGACUCCCUGUCCUACCACAGUGGCCAGAAGUUCUCUACCUUCGACCGAGACCAGGACCUCUUUGUGCAGAACUGUGCAGCCCUUUCCUCCGGGGCCUUCUGGUUCCGCAGCUGCCACUUUGCCAACCUCAAUGGUUUCUACCUGGGUGGCUCCCACCUUUCCUACGCCAAUGGCAUCAACUGGGCCCAGUGGAAGGGCUUCUACUACUCCCUCAAGCGCACUGAGAUGAAAAUCCGCCGGGCCUGA